CGGGGUACUAGUUCUGUGUGUCGUAUUAUUUCAGACCUCAUCAGAGAUGGAAACUCUGACGGCUUUUGUAAGAUUUCUAGUUUACCUACUGGAAUUACUUCUGCAAAUUUUCAUUUACUGUUGGGUUGCACACGAAAUUUUUGAGGAAAGUGAGCGCGUGGGAGAGGCCGCCUACUGCAGCGACUGGCCGGACGGCUCCGCCCGCUACAAGAGCGCCCUGCGACUGAUGAUGCGGCGGUCUCAGCGACCAAUCACCAUCACGGCUGGGAAGAUCUAUGCAAUCGACAGGAACACAUUCGUAUCGAUCGUGAAUGCUUCUUAUUCAUAUUAUGCUGUACUGCGACAAAUCAACAACUAAAGUGCUGAGAAAGUACCAUCAGCUCCCCGUCAAAUUCCGAGUUCCUUCUCAACUGAAGAGGCGAUUCAUUAAUGUCACCG